GCAUACUUAACUACAGUCAGCAGUAUAACUUCGCUUUCAGAUCUUAAGUUGUUUCGUUUAGUGUUAUACCUCCGCCCUUGACCUUCCUAUUGCAGGGUAUAGGGUUCGGAUAGGUUAUCGUUUUUGAUAACUCUGAUCACCAUAUCUAGGUAACAGCUACUGUCUGAUGUUGUUGAUUUAACCAAUCUAAUUAAAGAAUUUGCUUAUUAACUUACGGUUUUUUGUAUGUUUAUAGCACUAUACAAAUUAUGUUUGAAGGAUCAGAGCCUGGUUGUGGAGCAGGAAAGGGAGGUGGUGCCGGUGGUUCUAUUCGUGAAGCUGGUGGUUCACUAGGCAAAAGGGAAGCCACUUUAGAAGAUGAAUACUUCCGACGUUUGGAUAAACAAAACAUCGAAGCACUCAAAGAUAAACUGAAUAAGAAAUCUGUUGUGGAGAAUCAAUCUUCGAAGGAAACUAACAUUUAAACGAUGGAUAAUAACAAUCAUAAUCUGUUUUACCGUUUUUUAAUGCUUUUAAUAAUGUGUUAUACGCAUAAUUUCCUAAUGUAUUGACUAUUUUAUUUUUAAAACAACAAAUAUAUCCUCUUUUUGCUUGUAAAAA